AUGCGGCUGCCGGAGCUGUGCCUGGCGCUCCUCUGCGCCGCGGGCACCGGCACCGGCACCGAAACCCCGCGGGUGGCAGCCCCGGGAGCGGCUGCGGGGCGCGGGGAGCGCAGGGCGGCCCGGGUGGAUCCCCGGCAGGCGUGGAUGCUGCUGGCCGGGAGCCCCGGCACCGGGAGCGGCCGUCGGGUCCGCGGCGGGCCGGGGGCUCCCUCGGCACCAGCGGGCGGCGGCGCUCCGGGAAAAGCGCCCUCGGCUGCCGGUGGGACAGSGGCUGUCCCGGCCGCCCUCACCGUGCCGGAGGAGCUGCUGAGGGAGCUGCAGCUCCUGCUCACAGGCACGGCAAAGAUGUGCAGGACAGCUGGGGAAGGGUGUAAGGAAGAGGAGGAAAGCAGCAAAGGCACCCCCCAGGCUGGGGCCCAGCGUCGUGUGGAAGCCGCUUUCCAUUGCCAAACGCGUGAGGACAUCGCUGUGGAGCAGAAAAUGUGGCAGGAACUGGGGCUGUUCUACAUCCCUGAGAGGGAGGGGAUGUUCCACCGCGGCCCAGGGCUGAACCUGACCAGCGGGCAGUACACAGCCCCGAUUGCAGGAUACUACGCCUUCAGCACCACGCUGCACAUCGCGCGCAGGGAGCCGCGGAGGAAGGGGCCGGCGUGCCGGGGGAGCCGCCUGCGGGUGCUGAUCUGUGUGCAGUCCCGCUGCCAGCACAACAGAAAUCUGGAGACCAUCUCCCGGCUGGAGAGCAGCGGUGACCUUUUCACCAUCUCUGUCACUGGCACCCUGUACCUGCAG